CAUUUUAAAAAGAAAAGACAGGGCAUUUUCCCAGAAAAAAAUACGGCGGGAAAGAAAGGAAACCACCAGGAACAAAAUAAAAACACGAUCAUAGGAAAAACCAGAAGAAGGGCAAGUGUUGUUGAAGCAAAAAAAUACGGAGUAAUAAUUAUCCUAAAAUAAAUAGACUAACCUGAGAUUUGAGGAGUUCUUGUUUAAUGAAAAUACUUGUUCAACGAUUAAACUUCGUGUUUUAAUGGAAGUUUCUAUAAUUUAAUGUUUCCUUGAAACCCUCAAAAACCCAAACACAAUUAACGUUGACGAUUACUUCAAGAAUUAGUCAACCCAUUUCUCUUUAGUUUAUAAUUUAGGAAAUUCAACUGAAUCCGAGUAAAGUCAGUGUUUGUGUUUGUAUAUAAUUAGUGUCUAUAUAAAAAUAUGCAGAGAGGGAAAGAGGAGAGAGAGAGAGUUGAAGAAAUGGGGAGCUACAAUUACAAGAUGUUUGGGUACUUCAACCGGAAGUUCAAGAUCAGCGAGGCGGAGCCACCGCCGGAGGUCAAAGAGGCGUUCGCGACUUACUCGGGCGGUCGGACCCACAUGUCAGCAGGCGGUCUGCGCCUUUUUCUGAUCGAGUUUCAGGGAGAGAGAGGGUGCACCGUCUCUGAUGCGGAGCGAAUCAUUGGGCAGGUUCUCCAUCGGCGACACCACUUGACCCAGUUCACUCGCCGCGGUCUCACCCUUGACGAUUUCUUUCACUACCUAUUCUUCGACGAUCUCAAUCCCCCUAUUAAGUCUCAGGUACACCAUGACAUGACUGCUCCAUUGCAACAUUAUUUCAUAUAUACAGGUCACAAUUCCUACCUAACUGGGAACCAACUGAGCAGUGAUUGCAGUGAAGUACCUAUCAUAAGAGCUUUAGAAAGGGGUGUGAGAGUUAUAGAACUAGAUAUAUGGCCAAAUUCUGCAAAAGAUGACGUUCGUGUUUUCCAUGGAAGGACCCUGACAACUCCCAUAUGUCUCCUCAAUUGCUUGAAGUCUAUUAAAGAGCAUGCUUUUGUCACGUCUCCAUACCCUGUCAUAAUAACUUUAGAAGACCACCUUACACCAGAUCUUCAGGCUAAGGUUGCACAGAUGGUCACUCAAACGUUUGGAGCAAUGUUGUAUUACCCUGAUUCACAAUCCUCAGAAGAAUUCCCUUCUCCAGAAGCCUUAAAGCACCGAAUUAUUCUUUCAACCAAACCACCAAAAGAAUACCUUGAAUCUAAACAAUCCAAGGACAAGGGAAAUGCCUCAAGUAAUGAGAGGGAUUCAUCUGAAGAAGAAGAAUGGGAGGAGGAGACAGCUGAAAUCGAAUCUGAUAACAGGCAAAAUAAAGAUCAUCAGGACGAAGACGGUGACAGCUGUGAUAAAAAGUUGUGUCAGCCAGGAGCACCUGUAUACAAGCAUCUGAUUGCAAUUCAUGCUGGGAAACCAAAGGAUGGGUUGAGAGCGGCUCUAAAGGUUGGAAUUGAUAAAGUAAAACGUCUUAGUUUGAGUGAAAAGGCACUUGAAAAGGCUGCAGCAUCUUAUGGAACUGACGUUGUGAGGUUCACACAAAAGAAUAUUAUGAGGAUAUACCCAAAAGGAAUGCGAGUUACCUCCUCAAAUUUCAAGCCUGUUAUUGGGUGGAUGCAUGGAGCUCAGAUGGUCGCAUUUAAUAUGCAGGGUUAUGGCAAGUCACUCUGGAUGAUGCAGGGGAUGUUUAGAUCCAAUGGAGGUUGUGGUUAUGUGAAGAAACCUGAUUUUCUCAUGAAGAAAGAUCGAAAUAAUGAUGUAUUUGAUCCUAAAGUAACACUUCCAGUACAGAAACAUUUAAAGGUGAGAGUAUACAUGGGGGACGGAUGGCGUCUGGAUUUUAGCCACACACACUUCGAUAAAUACUCACCACCAGACUUCUACACAAAGGUUCAUAUAGUAGGAGUGCCUGCAGAUGCAGCAAAGAAGAAAACAAAGGUAAUUGAUGAUGACUGGGCACCUGUUUGGGAUGAAGAAUUCACAUUCCCUUUGACAGUUCCAGAGUUGGCUUUGCUUCGGAUUGAAGUCCGAGAGUAUGACAGGUCGGAGAAGGAUGACUUUGGCGGGCAGACAUGUUUGCCUAUCUCAGAGCUGAGAUCUGGGAUUCGGACAGUCCCACUUUAUGACAAAAAGGGAGUACAACUUAAAUCUGUAAAGCUUCUUAUGCGGUUUCAGUUUGUAUGAACUGCAUGGCUUUUGUUCAUUCUACAAUACAUGCUUGUCUCCCAAGAAGGCCCUGCCUUCCAAACAUUCAAUUAGUAACCGGUGGAAACGGGAGGAUCCCACGUCAAGCACCAUGGGCGAAGAAAUUUGCCACACACACUUCACUGUAUCUGGUUUCUGUCUUUAGUAGGAUCUGCACAAUCCAUGUAAAUUGUAUGGUGAUUUUAAUUUGGUAAUGGAUGAGAACAUUGUCUUGUACUCAUAUUGUUCUGUUUGUUGGAUUUAUGGUGAGGAAAGCUUAUGGCCAUCCUUGCAAAACAGACAUUAUUAUUUGGUUUUUGGUUGUAUUCUUCUAAUCAUACUAAUGCAUCUUCAGGGAGCUCGGCUCCUUUGUGGUC